CGGCCGGGGCAGCGCCGUGUCGGCGGCCGGCACACUAUGCGAGGCCGGGAGGAUGGCGGUGGAAGCUAUCCAUUGCAAUCUGAAUCCAAAUGGUAUUGAUCAUCCUGUCCCCACUGAAGGUAUUAAUCUGCAACUUGAAGGUGAGGGAGCUGAAUCCCCCGCUGCCAAGAACAGCAGUGCUCCAAGAGGACCUGAAUCAAAAGAGACACCCAAGAGGCAACAAGUGGAGCCAGAAAUAUCUAAGUCUGGGACUGUGAAGCUGACCAAACCUGUGGCAUUAUGGACCCAGCAGGAUGUCUGCAAAUGGCUGAAGAAACAUUGUCCUAAUCAGUAUCAGAUCUACAGUGAGUCAUUCAAACAGCAUGACAUAACUGGCCGCGCUUUGCUGAGACUUACUGACAAAAAGCUUGAACGAAUGGGCAUUGCCCAGGAAAGCCUGCGACAGCACAUUCUGCAGCAAGUCCUUCAGCUGAAGGUGAGAGAAGAAGUCCGAAACCUCCAACUGCUCACACAAGGUACAGGACACAGCACCAAUAACUGGAAAUUGCACACCUGCUUGAAAAGGAACUUGAACAAUCAGAAAAUUUGAGAACAUAGGACCUCGUGAAGUGCGGAACUGGAAGGUCAUUUGGAGUUAAGAGAAUACUGGAGCUUACAGUCCCACUGAUGUGUAGACUUUAUGGAUACACUAGUAUCUAAACUGUUGUCUGCUGUCUUUCAUGUCUUUUAAGAGACUUUGCUGGGGAUCAGGACUUUCCUUUGUUAUCCCUAUAAAGAAAUCAGUAACUGAAGUUUAUGAUAAAGGGUGAUCCUGUUACACUUCCAGGAUGUACUGU